CGUCGGGCGGCGAAGCAGCGCCAUCGCCGCGAUGAGUUCCACCGCCAGAGCGUCGCACGCGCUCUGCGCGAGGACGUGCCGAUUCCUCUCCGGCCGCACCGCCUCGCGCCCAGGGCUGUCGUCGGCGUCCCAGGCGGCGGCGGCGGCGGAGCGCGCGGGAGGAUCGCCCGCCCACCGCGGGCGACGCGGAUGGCAGUGGCGCGCCGUCCGCGCCAGGCUCGACGUCGCGGUCCGGCCGGACACCUAUCGAGAGGAGCUGGACGUCAAGAUCGAGCGCGCGCGCUCGCACUUCGCCGCCGCGCCCGCGCCAGCCCCGACGCCCGAAGUGCCGCACCCUAAACCCCUCGAGGAGAUCCACCUGCCCCCGACCGAGGUGCACGAGUCCGCGCGCUCCAACUUCCGCAUGCGCGCGGAAUUCCGGGUGUGGCACGACGGCGACCGUUCCUACCUCGCCAUGUUCGACAGCGACGACCCGAAGACCCCGAUCGAGGUGCCGUCGUUCCCGAUGGGCUCCGAGAAGAUCAACGAGCUCAUGCCGGCGUUCAUCGAAGAGAUCGGCAGGUCCGAGGUGAUCCGCCGGAAGCUCUUCCAGGUGAACUUCCUGACCACCAUGAAGGGCGACGCGCUCAUCAGCAUGCUGUACCACAAGCCGGUCAAGACGGACGAGUGGGAACUGGAGGCUGAGAAGAUGAGACAGCGACUGGGAGUGUCAAUCAUCGGCAGAAGCAGAAAACAAAAGGUUGUCCUCGGAAACGACUACGUCAUGGAGGAGAUCGAGGUCGACGGCCGCGUGUUGACGUACAAACAGCUCGAAGGUGGCUUCACGCAGCCCAACGCCGGGAUCAGCGCCAAGAUGCUGGAGUGGGCGAGAUCGGCGGCUGUGUCGGACUCUGCCGACGCCGUCGGCGAGGCAGCCGCGCCCGCGCGCAGGAACGACGACCUCCUGGAGCUGUACUGCGGCAACGGCAACUUCACCAUCGCGAUGGCGCCCAUGUUUCGCGCCGUCCUGGCCACGGAGGUGAGCAAGGUUUCGGUGGCGGCGGCGAAGCUCAACGCCGACGCAAACGGCGCGGGGAACGUUGCCUUCGCCAGGCUCUCCAGCGAGGAGCUCACGCUGGCGCUGGACCAGGGAAAACAAUUCGCCCGCCUGGACGACGUACCCCCGCUGGAGUCCUACGACCUGCGGACCGUGCUCGUGGACCCGCCGAGAGCCGGGAUGGGCGAGGAGGUGAGCACGUUCGUGUCUCGCUUUGACCGGAUAGUGUACAUAUCGUGCAACCCGGAGACUCUCGCCGCGGACGUGAGGACGCUUCGCGACACGCACGAGGUGGCGCGAUUCGCCGCGUUCGACCAGUUUCCGUACACCCCGCACCUCGAGUGCGGCGCGCUGCUCAUCGCCAAGGGGAGGUGA